GGCCAGUUCUGGUCUUUGUGGCCAGUAAACAGGGUUUGAGCGUGGCUGGAGAGACCCAGGAUGAAGCAUUUCCACCUCGGGAAGUCCAGGCAUGCAGUGGUGCUGGAGCAGGAUGUGGUUCUCCAGUCCAUUGACCGUGCCAUUGAGGCUGUGCACAAUGCAGCCAUGAAGAAUGGGGGGAAAUACAACCUGGAGCAGAGAGAUGUCCUGCAAAAACUAAUCCAUCACCGGAAGGAGACUGUGUCCCGUAAAAGCCACUCUCCCACCCCGCAGGGGACGGUUAUGACUCAGUCCUCCAGUGAUCACCACCUGGAUGUGUCCCGGCAGCCCAACGGGGUGUGCCGGACAGGCUACGAGCGACACCACAGCCUUCCCAACACCGAGUUCGAGGAGGAGGAUGACAGUCUCUAUCAGAUCCCACCACAGGCUCAUCGUGCUGCUCCUGUCACCCCCCCACCUCCAGAGAAGCGCAAGACCACACAGAUUGCUGCUUCCAUUAAAAAUGCUGUUGAAAUUAUUCCUGGGUCAGCUUCUAGUGCCUCCUCCAUAAGCACAACAUCCCUGGAUACUUUGUACACUGCUUCUUCUGUAUCUGAGACUGCUCUCCCAACAGCCACCUCCAGUCCUGCCAACACUCCACCCCCUGUCCCGAGCCGGAGUGUCCACACCACAAUCACACGCAAUUUGGACAGCGGCUCUGUCACCCAUUCCCGUUAUGGGACUUCCUCAAAGGAUACCAGCAAAUCUCCCCAGUCCAAGAGGGUUGCCCCAGCACCGCCAGCUGAAGGGGGGACCCUGAGGUCCCACAAUGUGGAUGGGGAGAAGACUUCUCAGGUAAAGAAAACUGCCCCACCCCCCCCUGCAAGUCUGGAUGCCUUCAGCAACCUCUGCCUGGAGGAUAAGAAGGCAGCUGGGGUGGAGUCGCUGUCAGCAGAACCCAGUGGCCUGGUGGCCUCUGUACCCAAGACAAUUGGUGCUGAACUGAUCGAGCUGGUGCGCAGGAACACCCACCUCAGCUACGAGCUGUCCCGUGUGGCCAUUGGCAUUGUCAUCGGCCACAUCCAGACCUCUGUCCCCGCAACCAGCAGCAUCAUGGAGCAGAUCCUCAUCUCCGUGGUGGAGAGUAAGAACCUGAGUGCGGGGCUGCCCUCGGGCCAGAUCUGCCAUGACGAGCAGCGGCUGGAGGUGAUCUUUGCAGAUCUGGCCAGGCACAAGGAUGAUGCUCAGCAGCGCAGCUGGGCACUCUACGAGGAUGAGAAUGUCAUCUGCUGCUACCUGGAGGAGCUGCUUCGCAUCCUGACAGAUGCAGACCCAGAAGUUUGCAAGAAAAUGUGCAAGAAGAAUGAGUUUGAAUCUGUCCUGUCCCUUGUGGCAUAUUAUCAGAUGGAACACAGGGUGCCAUUGCGCCUGCUGCUGUUGAAGUGCUUUGGAGCCAUGUGCAACUUGGAUGCUGCCGUUAUCUCAACGCUUGUGAAUUCUGUGCUGCCGAUGGAGCUGGCCCGGGACAUGCAGACUCACACACAGGAUCAUCAAAAAAUGUGUUACUCUGCACUGGUGCUGGCCAUGAUGUUCUCCAUGGGGGAGCCCCUGCCAUACCACCACUAUGAACAUCUCAACUCUCAGUUUGUGCAGUUCCUGCUGGAUGUGAUUGAGGACGGGCUGCCCUCGGACACCACUGACCAGCUGCCUGACUUAUUUGUCAACGUCCUUCUGGCCUUCAAUCUCCACAUUCCAGUUCCAGAACACAGUGUGAUCAUGACUACAAUAAGCAAGCACUCCAACGUCAAGACUUUCACAGAGAAGCUGCUGCUGCUGCUGAACAGAGGAGAUGAUCCAGUUUCCAUCUUCAAGCAUCAGCCUCAGCCACCACACUCAGUGCUGAAGUUUCUGCAGGACAUCUUUGCCAGCAAGGAUACAGCCAGCAUCUUCUAUCACACAGACAUGAUGGUCCUGAUAGACAUCCUGGUGCGGCAGAUUGCUGAUCUCUCCCCUGGAGACAAGCUGAGGAUGGAGUAUCUGUCCCUGAUGCAUGCCAUCAUCCGCUCCACGCCCUAUCUGCAGCACCAGCACCGCCUCGCUGACCUGCAGGGCAUCCUGCAGCGCAUCCUGGGUGAGGAGGAGGAUGACCAGCAGUGCCAGAUGGAGAAACUGAUCAUCUUGGAGAUUUAUAAGGAGUUUCCAGAAAUCUCUUCUGGUACCAGCUAAUGCUUCUCAGCUUGGACUGGAGUUUGAACCACUUGGAUCGACUAUGUCUUUUGUUGACACUUUCUCCCCAUUCCCUCCCAGUUCAGCUCAUACCUUAUAUCCCUCUGUGUGAGGCCUAAGGUUGGGACAGUGUUCACCGGCCCUUUGGAAGCGCCAGCAGCAGAGAGGGUGUGGGGUGCCCCCGGGGCCUGUGCCCAGGGCAGGCAUAGCAGGGUGGGUGCUGGCACGUGGUUUGCCUGCAAGACUCAGCAGGAGCUAUUUGGGCAGCUGGUGUUAGUGGGAAGGGCAGAGAGCUUGUGGGGGCUUAGCAGCCAGUAUGGGGGGAUGUUCAGCUGCACUGGUGUCCCAAGGUCCUGAAGAGAAAGGCCUUUGCCUUAGAGUAUCACUUCUUUUCCAUGUGCGUCUCUCUCCCUGCAGUGACCAAGUGGAGUCCGCUGGUGCUUGGAAGAAGCUUUUGUAACAUCUGUUUUGUUUCCUGCUGCUAGUGCCAAUGUGCUGCAGCCCUGCCAAGGGAAAGUAGCUGCUCGCUGUCUAAUGCCUCGUCUAGUGAGCCUUUCACUCCCUCCUAGCCUUCAGCUUUGCCUCUGGGCAGCAGCCCACCUUGGGUCAUGGAGGUCUUACCCAGCAGCUGCUUUUCAAUCUGCUUUCUAUAGUGAUGUUUAAAUCUCAAUUUCUUGCACACUGUGGCAGCCUAGAAGUAAGAGCCACGUGGGUGACACUGCCCUUAGGAAGCCCUUGGCCAGACACAGCACUAAGACGUGUCCUGCCAGGUGAAGCUGCCACUUGCCACCUCUCUUGCAGCAUUGCCUCGAGCAGAGGGGCUGCCCUUGGGCAGAUGCGCUCUGUUCGUGAAGCACGUGCAUUUCUUGCCUUGAGCUUCAUAGUAGCUCUGCCUCACUGCCCUCCCUGUCCCCAUGGCAGCACUCAGAGGCAGCGUGAGCCUGGUGUCCAGUAGCUGUUUGUGACUAUGCUAACUGUGGGGAACCCUUAUUUUUAUUUCCUCUAGGUUUCUAGCAAAUGGGAUUAACCUGCUUCCAGAUAGUCACACACACUAACAUGGGUCUCUUUGGUAUUUGUGUGCACAAUGUGGUCACUCCCUGUCCCCAGGUCUUCUUUUGCAGUAGCCAGUGUAGGAGCUGUGAAACUGGAAAUACUGGGCACUGUAUUUACUUUAAUUUUUAUUUUUUUUUGUUAGCUUGAGAUCACACAAGCUCUGCAGGCCUGGACUGGCUACUGAGGCAGUGAUGCUUUGAGAACAGAGGGGGUUGGCCUGGCAGCCAAAGGGGGAAAGGAAGUCAGCCUGGAAAUGCCCAAGCUUAAUAACCAUCCUAGCAGAGAAACCUAUUUUUGCCCUGUAAAAAUGUAUGAAUGUCAAAAGGGAUCCUGUAUUUUCUUAAACUAAGUGUAACCUGCAGAAGAAUAAAAAUGUCUUAAACUGGACUUCUGUGAGUGUAGCCCUGCCUGCCCAAUCCUGUCAUGGGGACACCAAAGCAUCAGGGGUGGUAGGGUGCAUGCUGCCCACAGAGGCAAAGCAGUAGGUGCUGAUCUCCAAAUGGGGGUAAUGCAGUCAAUUUCCCUCAUUCAGCUUCUUGCCUUGUCUUUUUCUACUACGUUGCUAGCUGACAAGGAAGGCUUGGAGGACAGCAGCCCUUGCAAGGGGCACAGCUGUCAUCGCUGGGGCCUGCCCAGCAUUGCUGCCCCACGUGAAGGGUUUGGCAGAGCUGGACUCACAGUUCACUUCCCAUAAGGUACAAGCAGCCUCGGCUGGCUCACAGCAGAGCUGCCAAGGCAGCGAGCCUGGGCAAGGAAGGGUUUAAUGAAAGUCUGUACUGAGUGUAAUGAAUUGUGCUUUGGCUGUGGAUGUGUGCUCCCAAACCUCAGCCUGUGCCUGCAGCUCUGGGGUGCCUGGGAUGGCAGGGGUUCUGCAGUGCGAGGACAGCAGGCACUGAGCAGAGCACUAGUAGCAGGAAGAGCUACUUGGCAGCAGGAAGCUGGUCUCUGCUUGUGGCUCUGUGACAAGGGAACCAGCCAGGCCACUGUCAGGGCAGCGGUGUAAAUGCCAGGUGCAAGCUGUGCCACUCCAAACACAGGGAUGGCAUCAAACAGAGCUACCUGCAGAAUCGGGGCCAGGAUUGUCCCAGCUCCUGCCUCUUUGGCCUGUGUCUCAAAGUCCCUAGGUGUGUGGCCUUGUAGUGUGCAAUUUGUACACCUGGGGACAAUCGUGACAAGUAAGGACUGCCCGGUGCUCAUUGGUGUGUCCCCCAUGGUGGCUCUCCUGUGCCCCACUGCUCUGUGCAGCACAUGAUUGCAUGUGCCCCUGAGCCAACCUCGGCUUGCUUCCAAGUGCUGCUGGGGCUUGUUGGCCCGUGACCUGCUGCUGUGGUGAGAUGUUCAUCUGGUACUUGCCCUCAGUGACACAGCACAGGCUUUGCUGUGCCAGGCAAACCCAGCAGUGGCAGGACCUGUGGCUCUGCUUGCCAGGAGCCCAGACUGCAGAGCUUGUGGCUCCCAUUGGCAUUCCUGAGCCAUUGCUGUCCAUGGGGUUGCUCACCCUAUCCCAGCUGCACAGUAGCAUAGCACCUUCUGUCCCACCACCCUGCUGCCACCACAGCCAGGGGCUGGGAGAGCUGAGGGGGAAGCUGGCUGUGAGGUCCAGGGGGAGAAAUACACCUGCUGGCCAGGAAAGGCUUUCCCCACAUCCCAGGGAAUCAAACUGCAGCAUGUAAACUCAUUGUCCCCAGCCUGCUCAGCAGGUCCUGCUCUUCAUGUAGGUGAGACCCUCAAGAUUGUUUGCUGUACUAAGACACAAUUAGAGCAGUGUCUCCUCGUACUGCUGUUUUAUUGUGGUGCAACAGUGAGGGGUAUUGGGGGGCUGGCAUUGUGGGAGUGAUACAUUGCCUGUGACCUGCGCUUCUGCUUUAUUGUCUGGAAUGAUUCAAUUACAACUAUUUUGUGGCAGUAAUACCCUGAUAAUUUUCUCCUCCUCCCCUGAGCUGUCAAGCUGGGUAAUUAGAACAAAUAAACUUGAAAGCCUUCAUUACUUUUAAAAA